AUGCAACCGCCUCAAGUAUGGUUCAUCACUGGGGCGUCCUCUGGCUUUGGACGUUGCAUGACAGACAUCGUCCUCCGGAAUGGAGACAUCGCCGUCAGCACGCUGAGGAAGCCUGAAGUUCUCGCAGAUCUCGCUCGCGCGUACCCGGAGGACAGGCUACUCAUCCUCAAGCUUGACGUGACUAAACCCCAAGAGAUACAGGAUUACUUUGCAGAGGCGGAGAGAAAGUGCGGUCGUAUCGAUGUGGUCUUCGACAAUGCUGGGUACGGGAUCAUCGGAGAGAUAGAAAGCACUCCGGAGCAUAUCGCACGCGAACUAUUUGACGUUGAUUUUUGGGGAGCCGUGAAUGUCAAUAAAGAAGCAAUCCGUGUGUUCCGGGACGUGAACCAACCGCGGGGUGGGAAACUACUCCAAAUGUCUUCCCGAUGUGGGGUUGAAGGAGGUCCGCUUAUUGGCUUCUACCACGCUGCUAAAUUUGCAUUCGAAGGUUUCAGCGAGUCUCUUGCUGCUGAACUUGACCCAGAGUGGAACAUCCAGAUCACGCUCAUUGAGCCUGGGUAUUUCUACACUGGCUCAGUUGGUCAUGCUGUACGAGUCCCGCUACAUCCCGCAUAUAGCAAUCCUGCGUUGCCAGCUACAACUUUACGCGGAUUUAUCGAUGGCGGACCAGCCGGUGGAGAUGCAAUGAAGGCUACCACUAUGAUGUAUCGUCUCGCAUCGCUUCCUCUACUCCCGCUCCAAUUUCCGCUAGGUCAAGAUGCCUUGGAGACGAUUAAACGAAAGACUACAAGGCUGAUAACAGAUACGAGCGAGUACGAAGCAUGGUCGAAGGGGCUCGAGAGAGACUCGUGA